AUGAGCAACCAGCCGGAACCUUCGUCCGGCCCCCUGCAGCCGCAACAGCAGAAGAGACGAGGUAUCUUGCCACCAGAGAUUAUAGACCUCAUCGUGGCGCCCGUCAAAGUUGGCUCUUUCACCGGCGCUGCUGGAGUGCUAGCCGGUGUUGCUGGCGCCAUUGCACGGGACACCAGUCCUGUAGCCAGUGGUGCUGUAACUGGAUUUCAAUGGUUUGCCUUGGGAGGGAGCUUCUGGUUUACUAGAUCUAUGACGGUCAGGGCAAUGGGAGGCGACCAACAGUUGAGGCCAGUCGACAAAACCAUAGCGAGCACCAUAGGCGGAUCAGCAGCCGGUGCAGUAGCCGGAUUGAUACGGGGCCCAGGGAAGAUUCUACCUGCCAUGGCCAUGUGGGGAGUGCUGGGAGCAGGCGGGCAGAUAGUUGCCAAUGGCAUGAGCAACAGGAAGCCGAAAGUCAAGGACGAGAAUGAUAGCUGGCUUCGGUCGAACUGGAGCCCGCUCAGGAAACUCACAGAUCAGGAGUACAUCGACAUGAUGGAAGAGAAAAUCCUCAGAGUCGAUGCAGACAUUGCCCUGAUUGACGACAGGAUCGCCGAGCUAAGGUCUAUUGAUCAGAAAGCUAAAAACGAAAAUAAGACAUGA